AUGGAUAGUGGAAUGAUACUUGAUAGUGAUUUGAACAAAAAGCCAUUCGAAUUAAAAGCUCGAUUAAAACCUGAACAAGUUCUUUGGAUUAUGGAUCGAUUAUUUAUUUGUGAGAUGACAUGGCACACUGGCCAUUCUCUGUCUCAAACUUUGUUUACUUGCAUGUAUCUGCAUUACGUUCCAGAACUUGUGCCGGAAUUGUUUUCAAGUACUACAGAUGCUAGUAAUGAUACUACAGAUGCUUGUAAUGAUACUACAGAUGCUUGUAAUGAUAUAACCGAUCAAAAGACAGAAGCACCUAUAGAAUUUGUUAUACUAGUUCUUAAAGCAUAUGUUAUGGGCACUGUUAAAUGUUGUCAGUUAGUUUUGGAUGAAAUGGCAAAAGGAAACGUGUAUGAAACAACAUCCACUACUUUCAUUAAGGAAGAAGAUUUUGCAACAAAUAAAUAUGGAAUUUCGAUAUACGAAGAUUUCCCAGAAUCACAAGCCAUAAAAUUGUUAGAUGAUGCUGAGACUUGGCUAGAACAGCAUGGUGGACCAUGGAUUCGAUCGCAUGGUAAAUAA